GAUAAGGAAAAAAAAAAGUACAAAUAUAUCUAUGGACUCAAGACAUAUUCUGGCAUAAUUCAAUACGUUCAAACGAACGACAAACUGUUGUGCACUUGAAAAAAAUUCAAUUAUUAUUACACAAUUUAAAAUAAUGACUGACGAGAAUAGCGAUUUGGAUGAAACUCCCAGCAUCGAAUGUUUUCAAAAUUACACGGCACCCGAAGUGUUUAUCCAAGGUAUCGCCGGCAUCGUCAAUCAAGACGAUGUGGAAUCGAUGAUAGUCGCUCAAAAAGAAAUGUUACAGCGUUUCGAAAAAACUAACGAGAUGUUGUCCAACUGCAAUUCAUUAGCAUCAAGUCGUCUAAAAACUACCAGUCAAGAAUUCAAAAAACACACUCAAGUGCUCAACGAUUUGCGCAAAGAUCUGGACAAUACAUUCAAGCGAAUCACUAAUAUUAAGACAAAAUUAAUAGCUCAGUAUCCAGACUUUCAAAAAAGUAUUCAGGAAGAAAAACCCAAAGAUGAAGAAGACACUGCGCAAAAACCUGAGAGUUCAUCAAGCGGCAGUGCCAGUACAGCUUCUCCGUACAAUUCUGAUACUAAUUAAAAUUUUGUUGCCUAUACAUUUUGUACUAAUUAAUAUUUCGAUUGACCAACAUUGAUUAGUAGAUCGACAUUUGUAUUUUUAAUAAUGAUCUCAACGUGGCUUGUAAAACUUUUAUUUUUAAAUAUAACUAAUAAUCUGAUUAAUAAGAAUUAAAUUUUUUUUCACAUAUCAAAAGUUGAAAAUAUUGCUUUUAUUUUCAAUAGUCAAAGUCAAUCAUCGUUAGAUUGUUAAAUCGUUUGUACACAAACUUUAAUUUUACAAGACUGUUCUUUAUAUAUUGUUUUAUU